GGAAAAUAGAAAAUAAUGAUACAAAACGAACAAUUACUGGCGAGCGCUCCAAAGAGAAUCAAAAUGUCGGCCGCAAGGUUACUGGUACGUUCUGCUGUGAGAGCUUCUUCCUUCUCCCAGCGAGUGGUGGCCCGCCGUCAGACCGGUCUGGUCCCCCCGCUGAGCCGCAGCCUGGCGGCCGGAGGAAUUCCCACGGACGAGGAGCAAGCCACCGGCCUGGAGAAGAUCAUCAUGAAGGCCAUGAAGGAGGGCGCUGACCCGUACAGCAUGAUGAAGCCCAAGGAGUACGCCGGUUCAAAAGCGGACCCUCACCUGGUGCCCUCCAUCACCAACAAGAGGAUUGUGGGAUGUGUGUGCGAGGAAGACAACACGGCCGUGGUGUGGUUCUGGCUCCACGGGGGCGAGGCCCAGCGUUGUCCAUCGUGCGGGUCCCACUACAAACUGGUGGCGCACGAGCUUCCCCACUAGGACGGCCCGAUGUCCGACUCCUGGUCUUCAGCCGCACGUUCCCGUCUCACUUCACAUUCGGCUCUUCGGUUCCCAAUACUUGAUCCGCCUCGCUGACCUCAUCAGUCCUCGUUACACUUCCGACUCGGUUUACAUCCUCUCUAACGUUCCAAAAGUAACAUUUUCAUUCUUCGAUGUGAUGACGUCACACUUAAACGUAACUUCAAUAAAAUACCACUGUGAAACGUU